CUGUGAUGUCACCACGGCACAAUCAGUCACUUGAUGCAGCAAGUUGAUUCGGCUUUGCUAGGAACGAAAAUUGUAAUUUGUGUUCGUGUGCCGCGGUAAUAAUGUUUCAAGCUAUCUUUGGUCGCCGGACUAAUGAUGUGAGCCAGCCAUCACCGAUACAACUGCAAAGACAGCGUCAAAUCGCCUCCAUCAGGUCUUGUUGUCCCAAUAUCGUGGUUGUCGAAGCCGACAAGGAGUUUCGGAUCCCGUUUGUUGCUGAAGGAAAUUCCUUCAACCUGGAGAUACACUUGCCGAGUUCCUUUCCCCACGAAUGCCCUGUUCUGAAAGUGACGCCGGCUGCUACCCAUCCCAUGCUCGAUGAUCAGUACCACGUUACGGGCGUGCCAGCGCUUACUGCGUUUUCUAUGCACACAGACCUUGGAAGAAUAAUUCAAGGUAUUCUGAUGGAGUUUCAGAACCACCCACCUAAGCUCAGCACCGCUGCUAGGACAUUGCCCCCACUGCUAACCUCAUCAGGUUUUGGAGAGCCUUCUGCAACACUGAAUUCCUGCUCAAUUCCUUUCAAAAGUUCGAUGUCACCUUGCCAGUUUCCUCAGCUCCUCAAGCUAAGUAACUCCCAACUAGAAGAACUUCUCAAAGAAGAUGGCAAGCUGCAGGAGUUUGUUGACCAGCUACCCGAAGUAUUGCGCUCUGAGGAAAUCAGACACCUCAUGGUGACCCAGAAUGAGGAUUUGGCGCGAAAAACGCUGGAGCUCAAGCCUACCACAGAGCAGCGCAAGCAUCUGCUUUUACAGAAGGUGGAUGAGGUGAAUGUACUGAAAGAAGAGUUUGAGCAGAACAGCCAGGUGCUGGAGGCCCAGAUGCAGGCCUACCAGCCGUCCACCCUACAGAACAACCUGCGUGUGGCCACGCGGGCUGCUGAAGAGGAGGCCGACACCAUCGCCCAGCAGUUUCUCGAUGGUAAACUAAGCACUAACCAGUUCCUUGCAAAAUUUAUGGAAGUAAGAACGUUGGGUCACGUUAGGCGAGUGAAAGAAGAACAGCUGCAUGCCCAACUGCAAGAGCUGAACAGGUACAGCUUCUGAUCAAGGACGUCCUUCUUCUGGAGCAUGCCGUGGCAGCCUUUUAUGUAUCGAGCAAGCUAACUCAUGUACAUACAUUUAUACAGAUAAUACUUAUUUAUAAAUGCGAGGCUUUCAGCAAUGAUGGAAGACGCUGUGAAAAGAAAGUGCCCAGAUGUUUUUACCAGUAGGACAGCUCUUUUCUUUCUCUCACUCUCUGGCAAAGAAUAAAACAAAUGCUGUUUUUCAGU